AUGACGUAUUACCAAAUAAAACCCAUUUACAUAUGGACAUGGACCAUCAAUGGUCUACCCGCCCUUUUUACAGCUCUACUCAUAGGAAAUGUUACUCGUAUUGAAGCAAGGAGCCACAACUUGGACAUGUUUAUGCAUUUAGAUGUUGACACUGAGGUUUAUCCGUUGGCUGUUGGUGAUAAGUUCACACGGGUUAUGGCUCCAACGCUUAAUCUAGAUGGAACUUCUGAUACUGGAUAUUAUACUCCGAUAACAAAAGGAGCAAAGAAAACGCUUGCUGGUAAGUAUGAAUGCGUGAUGCACGGGAAGCUUUAUAUAUCAGCUUGCAUUAAAAGAUUAUCUCGAUAUAAGUUGUAA